AUGAAAGAAGGUGAAAACGAAAGGUAAAGAUAAUAACGAUGUAAGUAUUCAAAAAUACAAUGAAAAUAACUUUCUCAAUUUAUUGAGUAUUGGUAGAGAAAUUAGUAGGAAAUACGUGUUAGACGAAUAAAACAUAAUAAAGUGGAAGGGGUAGAUUUCGAAAGGAGUGGGAAAUAACGGGCGUUACAACGUCUGCGAGAGUCGUGUCGUUACUUCCGAGCACGUAACAUCUUAUAGGAUACCCUGUAAGUUCAGGUACAAGAUAUUGCAAUUCUAUCAUGCCAAUUUACAUUUCCUUGUAUUUAUGUAUGCUUGUGCUGCCUUUUAAAUUUAAAUUUAUACAUUAACUUAAAUUAAAAUUUGUUUCAAUAACAAUUGACACAAUCAACAAACUAUCUUUAAUGAGAAGUGUUCAAUUGAAAAGUGAAGAUUGCACAAUGACAUCAUGGUACUUAUUUUGCUAGAUAUAUUGCUAGAUAUAUUGUUACAAUUUGCAACUAUAAUUCUCUAUCCCAAAAUUUUGUUCUGUAAGUUUGUAACUUUGCUGAAAGUUAUAACUAGAAGAUAUGUGUAAAAUGAAAAAUUUGUUCUCUAUUUCUACCUGUGGUUUUUUUUUUUUAUUAGCCUAAUUUGCAUUUGUCAUCGCAUUAUCAUUGUUUAUUAAAUUAUCUUAGCGAUUUAUUAAGCUCUUGAUUUUUGAAUCUAUUACAUCUACAUUGUGCUAAGUAAAUUUAAUUAAGAACUAAAGAAAUUUAAUUUAGUUGUGUGUUUUCUAUAUAUUUCUACAUUAAUAUGAACUCAUUACUUAUUAUUUUCUAAAGGUUUACAAUUUUCAUUCUAAUAUUUUUAACAAUUUUAUAUUGUAAUUAAAAUCUGGUUAUUUAAUUAUUAUAAUUAAUGCUUGUAAAUUAUAUACAUUAUGUGUAAUAUAAGUAAUGAUUAAAAAAAUCUCUAAUAAAUCUGAAAUCACUAUCUUUGUUGUGAACUGUGAAAAGAUGGUUUAAUUGAAAUUUGAUUUUGAAAUCGAUAUCAUUAUUUUAAAACUAUGCCUGCAAGCUAAAUUUGGUAGUUCUUACGUAACAUGUUAACGAACGCACUCUCAUUCCCUGAAUAUAUGUACUUACUUUUUAAAGUUCGUAAGAAAAUGCAUCAUAAUUUAAUAAAUAAUUAAGCCUUUUCUAAGAUUUAUGUUAAUAACGAUAUAAAUGAUGAAUAAAUUAAUAAUUAACAAGUAUUAAUGAUAAUGACAACAAUCAUACUAAUAAUACUAGCAAUGAUAAUAAUAAUAAUAAUAAUAAUAAUGAUGAUAAAAAUAACGAUAAAAAUAAUAAUAAGGAUUUUUAUAAUUAUCGUGUUCCAAUAAGCAUUUCUAAAAUAUUUGAUAUUUUUUGCAUUUGAUGAAUGUUUCAACACUAAAAAUAUUAUUUAAGUAGUUUUGUGUAUUAAAUAUUUGAUUAAGUAUUGAAUUUAGAUUUCUUUAUUGGUAAUUAUAAAUUGGAAAUAAAGUUUCAUUGACAGAUUAAUUUUAUUUUAUGACACAUGAUUAUAAUUACUUUACAUACAUAAUUAAAACUCACGCACAACAUAUAUAAACAAAAUUUAAUAUAUGUUAUAGUUUCAAUAUAUUUUACAGCAAAAUUAGAUAGAAUACUGAUUUUAUUAUUAUUAUUCCAAGCACGAUAUGUUCGUCUCUAAAUAAAUAAAAUUUUUUAAAUAAAUAUGAUUACAUAGGUAAAAUAAUUAAAUGACUGUUUGAAUAAUUGAUUUAAUGACAUUAAUUUUUCAUGACUUAUUUUGUAAUUUCUUACUAAAUUUAAAUAUUUAUUACACGCUGCAAAUUUUAAUAUUAUUAAUUUAUUAGUAAAGUCAGAAAGUCUUUAACUUUUAUUAAGAAUAGAAGUUACUGUAUUAUCUGUUGCUGUACAAAGUAUACAAAUAUGUAUUGUAAAAGACUGUUGAAAGUAUAUAAUAUAAAUAUAUAUUUAUAUAUUUAAUCUAAAAAAAUUUAAAUAUAAUAUCUUAUACCUUUUAUGUCUUCUAAUCGUGCUAGAAAGAAGUUUAAUUGUAAGAUUUAGUUUUGUAUGUUAUACAUACUAUUUAUAUAAUUUAAUAUUUAUAAUUUUUGCUAGAUUUUAAUAUAUCAUCAAAGAUCUCGUAAUCUAUUUUAACUCUAUUUUUGACUUGUUUAUAUUGUUUCUGUAACAUCACAUAAACACCAGACAUAAUGUAGACACUGGACAUUUCUAUCCAUUUGUGUGAUACUAUCUUUCACAUUAUUAAAAAUAGUAAUUUCGUAAAAAAAGUAAAGAUCUUCAUAAAACUUUUACCUUUAUUCGUUGUAUAUCGAAGUUCUGUGAUAUUAUAUUUCUGAACUGAAACAAUUAAUAACUUGUUACACAUUUUACAUAAUUUUAAGUUUUUCAAAAAGCAUGGAAUAUAAAUAUAAAGAAGAAAAUCAUCCUUGAAAAUGUUAAGGAAAAUUCGUAAAUUAUUAUUCAUAAUUAUUAUAAAUAAUCGAUGGAUUUCAUCAUUCCAAACAAUUAUAAAAUACACAUAACAUAUUAGUAGUGUAAAAAUUGUAUACCAUGUUAAUUAAAUAUUUAUGUGAGUAAAAUAUAAAUUAACACUAUGCGAUAAAACAAGUUUAUAGCUACAUAAAUUAAUUAUGUAAUAUUUAUUAUAUAUAUUGCUGUCUUACAACAUUGAUACUUUAGAUAAAGAUUGAUAUUAUUUUAAUACACCAAAUAUGUUUUAUUUUUAAAACAUACAUUUUAAAUAAAAUUCUAAUUAUAGCGAUGUUUCCUUUAUAAUUUUUCACUAUUGUCUAUUUUUAUUAUAUUUUUAUAUUUUCAGUAUAAAAAUUAAAUAUUCCAUAUAAAAAAAUCAAUAUUUUAACCUAAGUUACACCUAUCAAUUUAAUGAUGCUUGUGAUAAAAUUUUCAUAACAAAAAUUAUUGCUUUUUUCUUGACUUUGAUGUACUUUUGUUGUGUAAAGUGAAAUGAUUAGAUUAGGAGAAAAGUAUAUGAAAAAACAAAGUAAAUAAACAAAGAGAAAAGAGAGAAAAAAACAAUAGGGUCAUAUAUAUUAUACUUUGUAAUUGGAGGCGGUUGUCCGGGACUUGAGAGUACUUACUAUGUGCCAGUUCAGUUCACGGACACCAAAUUAGACAUGGUCUAUUUUUGACUAACUUAUAGUUGCUCUCUUGUUCCAAUUUACUGGUUAGUCAUUCUAGAAACUCUACAGUAAUAUUAAAUAAGAAAUUUUUAAUACGCCCAGUAUUUUUUAUUUAAAGAUUUUUCGAAACAAACAGAUUAAAUAAUAAAAAAAACAGCAAUAGUAAAUAAAUGUUUCCAAAAAUUAUUCUAUUACAUUUCCACUUAAUCAGUAGCAUAUUAUUAGAAGUAAAAACUUGUGAUAUUUUGUACUUCGCUUCUUAUCAUUAUUUCCAAUAAAAAGUUAUUAAAAAAUAGUCAUACUUACAAUGAAAUGGCCAUGAAUAGCUUCUAAUUCUUUUUUGCAGUGUUUCUCAUUUGAGCUUACUAAUUUUAUAUUAUAGUUUACUUUGAUAAAAAUAGUUUUUCAAUUUGAUGGCAAAUUAGAUACGUUUCAACUAGUUAAUACUGUUAUGCAUUGCCAAUUGGAAGAUUAUAACGUGAAAAUAACAUGAUUUGGCAAUCUGCCUUAUGGCUUAUUGUAUUUUAAUUUAAGAUUGUAGAAAUACAAAGAUAUUUAUGUCACCGUAUUUAACACUGGCACAAAGCGCAUACAAUACACAUAUAAUACUUUUGUUGCUAAAUUUUUGUUAAAAUAAUUUUAAUACUUUUUAUUAUUACUAAAUUUUUGUUAAAAUAAUUUUCGUUGUUUCUAGUCUUUAAAAAAGUUUCCUAUUCAAACUUCUCACUAUUUUUACAUCCUAUAUUAACUCUUUAUUUUCCAUAAUUCAAAUUAUAAUUAAUAGGAAAAUUAAUAGAAAAAAUAAAUAGGAAAAGCUUUGCUAACUAUUAUUUCUAUUGAUAAAGUCAAUAGAUUUCAUUUGUUUCAAAAUACAUUUUUGUUUGUACUUUUAUAAAAAAACGAUAAAUUUGUUUGUCACAUUUCAUUAAACAAAAAAAUUAAAAUAACAAACUAACUUCAUUAACUUGAUGAUAAAGAUAUGAACGAAUAAUACAAGCAUUGUAUCAAUGUUGUGUAAAGAUAAAGAGAAAUGACAUUUCAAUUGCACAUAAAAAUUAAAAUUCUGUAUGUAAACUAUUAAUCUUGUAAAAUAUUAAUCUUGUAUAGAUAUUUCAUAUUUAAUAAUUGCAUUUUAAAAUAGUUAUACAUUAAUAGUGAUCAAAAUAUUUCGUAAUUAAUGUAAAGUUAUAAUUAAUAAAAGUAAUACAUAUCAUACUAAUUUAUCGCAAUAAAAUUAAUAUACAGUAAAAUAUUCAAAUUAUACAUUAUAUAGGGUGUCUUGCAUCAUUCGUAUAUGUAAAAAUGAAUUGAAAAGAAAAUUUUUUAAGUAUACUGGAAUUAAAUUAAUUUCUGAACUGAAUAGAAGCGAAUAACAUGCAGAUUAUUUUAUCUGAGAAAGUAAAUGAAAAAUCUAGAAUAUAAUCUUUUAGAUAAAAUGUUUUAUUUCCAAGAAAAUUUACCAAGUACGCGUGUACAAGACAAUUUUUAACUCAUUAUAUAUAAAGUCUAUUUUCUCGAAAAAGGAGCCUUAAACAAAAAAAUUUUAUUCCAUUCUAGUUACACUUCUAAUUACUUAUUUUUGCAACAUAUUAAAAAAUUAUGAAUUUUAACCAGUGACAAAUUUCAUGACGUUGCUAUAUUGCUUCCUUUAGAGAUGCAUUCAAAUAUGAUUUAACAUUCAAACAUUAAUACUCAUCAAAACAAUCAAACUUGGUAAUUUUAUUUUUUAUGGAAGUAGUAAUAAUAAUAAUUUUUUAAAAAGUUUUUAUUAUAACAAAGAAUAAAAUGUUUAAUCAAAUAUAAUAAUUUUAUAAAAUUUACAUUCUUUGUUUGUUCUAUUUUAUUUUCAAUUUUUUUUAACAUUUUUUUUACUAUGAUAAGACAGCUAUAUUAAUUGUCAAAAUUAUUUAUAAUAAAUUAAAUAUAUAUGUAAUAAAUAAAUUAAAUAUAUUAUAUUUUAGGUAUAUUUACUAUAAAUAAAUAAAUUAAAUACAUUAUAUUAUAUUAUAUACUAUAUUUCAUUAUAUUUAAUGUUUAACAUCAUACUCUGCAAUAUGUCAAUUGGUUACAGUUUAAAUUAACAUAGGAAUUAAUAUGCUAGAAAACAAGCUCUUAAUUUUGAACUUGAUUAAAUGUUUAAAAUGAACGGAUGUUCACCAAAGUACUCAUUUAUUAUAUUAACAUUAUAUUAACAAUAAUAUGAAUAUGAUCACAAAUUUAAUGGAAAUGUGUAUUGGUCUAAAUGCACUAUUAAAUACUAUGUACUGUGCAUAAAUUGCAUCACAAUUCUAUGAAAAGAUUAAUGUUUUUGUUACGUUUGUAUUUACAAUUAUAAUUGAUAAACAUUUUUCAUCAAAUAUUCUACAAAGUUUAACAUAACUACAUCAUUCAAAUUUUAUAUUUACUUCUAAUAAAUAGCACAUACUUUAUAAAAUGUGUAUAUGCUAUUCCAAUGUGGCUAGAAACACAUCUUAAUCUGACAAACAAUAUCUCAACUUGAAAUCACUCUGUUCAGCCUAGUCUAAUUACAACAUUAACUAUACUUUUUGUUAAUAUCUUAUAUGUGUCAAAAUGAAAUUAAAGAGAUUCGUGUGAAUUGCAUUUUAUAUUGCAAUAAUUUAAAGGUAUCCGACUACUCGUGCACAGUAGUGUAUAAAAUCGGUUCAAAUACUGAAUAUAGAUCAAAAUUCAAAGCUUGAAUUUAUACUACAAAAAAGUAUAUGAUUCUAUAAACUGUAAAUUCUUUGUAUUUAUCAACAAACCAAUAAAAGGAUAGCGAGUAAAGAAGAAAGAUCAAAUGUACCGUUGCCACGUGGCGCCACCAACGAAACACCCUCCAUACGAGCGUGUUAAAGCUUAAAGAUGUCCUUUGCGAAUAAUUUCUAGGGAAUUUCGUUGGUUGACAGUGAUUUAUGACAAACUGUUGAAAUUUCAGAUAGCGAAGGAGUAGCUCUUUGAAGAUGUCGAGGCCAAUCCUUAGCAGGCCACGUACACGCGUGUAUGGGUGUAAUUACGACAAAGGAGAAUCAUAUUACAAGCCAAUGGUCGAUCACUUGGAUCGAAAGUACAGCUCUCGGCCGCUUUUCUCCGAGCCAAGAACCUCAUUGGCUGACGAGAUCGCAGCCCGACGCGGCGACAUCGAUCCUUCCGUUCGUACCCCACUACCACUACCUUCUUUGGCUACCAACAACUUGUUCCCCGAAGACGAGGAUGUCGUCUACGACAGCCGUGGCCAGCGGAGCCGACGUCAAUUCGCUGAGAAUUUUGCCAACGACGUGGCAGCGACGACGCAACAUCUGAAAGCGAAGCUAGCUUCGAUCGGCUUGGAGGACGAGGUGGACGUCGCGUUGGGAAAGUCGAGACGCCUGCGUCAAGAGCAGGACCAACUAGCCGACAAUAUUCUCAGCUCGAGGCGAAAUCUGCAGGACAUAAAGUCGAUCAGCGAGGAGGCUGAAACUACGUUCAAGAGGCGUUCGAGGCUGUUCGACGAGAUCGACCGGUUGGAAGAGAGCAGCAAGCCAGCGCUUAUGAAAUGGUCGAAACUGAUCAACGAGGACGACAGCCUUGCCAAUGCUGCCGCGACAAGGGCCAAGCAAACGAAAGCUCGUUUGAACGACCUCGAGUCUGAAAUGGAGGAGCUCGCGGAGAGGCAGGCAAAGAGAGAGCGCAGGGCAGCUGCUCUCAGAGCGUUGAUCAACGAGAAUAUAUCCGAUACGGAGAAUCUUCAGGAGCAACAGUUCUCACAAUUCAUUGGGAUAUCGCAAUGACUUCCUUGAUGAUUUGGAUUAUAUGUAUGACCGGGGAAUCGAAGACGAUUUUGAAGAUGAUUUUGUUGUUGCUCAGCGACGUUACAAAGAACGAGCUGCUGCUGCUUUCGCAGAUGAUCUUGCUGACUUGAGACGUAAACGAAGGGAUAUGCAGGAUCGUUUGUUCGAUGUAAUUGACUUAAAUGCCGAGAUUGAGAAAGCCAGGAAUACCCUUGGUCAAGCGGACAUUGCUUUUCAACGACACGCAACAAAAUUUGACAAUUCAGAGAACAAUGACGAUGUAACAUUAAAGAAAGUCCCCAAUAUAGAAAGCCUGCCGGAGAAACCAGUCCCGAAAACUAUAAAAUUCAUAAAAGUUCCUAACGUAGAUAUAGAGUCGUGUAUGCCACAGCCAAUAAAAUCAAAGCGAGACAAAAUUAACUCGAUAAUAGAACCAAAUGAAAUUGCAAAUCCAUUAAACACCAUUGCGUUGCUACCGCUGAAGAGGAAAUUCUCAAAUAAAAAGAAAACUGUCUCAUUUUAAAGAAAACAAUCCAGUAAACAUUUUAAGUUACAUAUAUAUUAUUGUAUGAUAAUGACGUCAUCAAAAUGUACCCAUAUUAUUUAAUAUGUGCUAUUUAA